GCCCUUUUUAAAGCGAAAAAGGCCCUUUCAGGGCGCGCCAGGCCCCUUGUUUUUGGAGAACAGUAACAUUUUGCCGCGAGACAGGCGCUGGUGUAACGAGCACUCCUUGGCAAUCACUGGCAGAGCGGCUUCUGCGAAGGGAGCGGACCGCCGGGGAUGCGUUUUUCCAGUCGCGCCUGGAAGGCUGAAAUUGCAACGCCUGCUGCUUUACUGCCGGGGAAAAGCUGAAAUGAACGCUGCCAAAACUCGCUACUUAAUAUUCUUUCAGUACUUCGGGGCAAAGUAUAGUGGUGUGAAGGCCCUGCCCCCUAACGGGCCAAGCCUUGGUGUGGAAAAUCAUCUGGAGAAGGCUGCGGAAAACCUCCGAGCCUCCGAGCCCAUCAAAUUUGUCACCUCCAGCCGCACAGAUGCCGGGGUGCACGCCCUCUGCAACAGCGCCCACCUCGACAUCCAGAGGAAGGAUGGGCAGCCCCCCUUCUCCGAAGAAGUCCUCGUUCGGGUUCUCAACAGGCAUCUCAGAUUGGAGCCCAUCCGCGUUCUGAGCGCUUGCCGGGUUUCCAGCAACUUCCAUGCCCGCUUCUCAGCCCGAGCCAGGACGUACGUGUAUCGGGUCGCCACAGGCUGCACCACCUAUCCUGAUCUGCCUGUCUUUGAACGGGAUCUCUGCUGGGCAAACCGGCAUGGCCACCCAAACUUGGCCGCCAUGCAGGAAGCAGCCACUUUCCUGUUGGGCACCCACGACUUCUCCACCUUCCGCUCAGCCAGCUCAGAGACGCCGACGAAAAGCCCCGUCAGGACGCUGAACUGGGUGGAGGUGAGGCCCGCCCGAGGCUUCCUUUCCGAGCACAGCCAGGACAGCAACUUGAAGUUUUGGGAACUAGAGUUUGUAAGCCGAUCUUUCCUGUACAAACAGGUGCGGCGAAUGGUCGGGGCAUUGGUGGCUGUGGGUCAGUCCCGGCUACAACCACACCACGUCAAAGAACUCCUGGCAGUUCGGGACUUGAUGGCUUACCCUCCAAACACCAUUGCGCCCCCAGACGGGCUCUUCCUCAAGCACGUAGAGUACUACAAAAGUGAUUUGGAGACAGAAGACUGAAAUGGAUUGUAGUUUCUACCCGGGGUUUAGAAACAUUGCUGAGUAACUGCUCAGGAGAAAGAAAAUCUCAUUUUCUUACGCUCUGCAGGCAUUUGUCAAUAGACUUGCUUAAUCAGACGUUUGAGCCAAGAAACUAUUCCUUUUUGGGGUGGGUAAGAAAGAAAUGGACUCUGAAUUGCCUCUGAAUUUGGAUUUUCACCAAGAUCCCAGGGUGCUUAAAUGGACAAUAAUGUCCAAAAUAACUAAACUUCAGCUUUGUUCUUAGGGCUUCCAGGGGGCAGCCUGGCUUUGCUUCGGCUAGAACUGAAUGAUACGUUCUUCUUGUGGGCCGAGGUCUUCUCCGCUAUUUUCUCCUCUCCUACCUUUCAGAGGCUUCCAUUGUUCUUUGUUCAACUUGUUUCGGAGGAUCCUGCCUUCACAGCCAAAUGUUACAAUGGGAAACCAUUGCCUUGACCACACCUACCUUUGUUGUAAAUGUUGUAUUCUACAUAUUAGUUAAAUAAAGAAGGUGACAAUCUGGACAAAUCCUUUCCAAAUGUUGAACUGUUCAGUUGCUUCCCGAUUAUCACAGACAUUCUUUGAUAAGCAGAUGAGACGGCCUGCUGAAAACAUCCAUGUUUUAAAGGGCUGUUCGUGCUCUGUUGUGGUCUACAGUGUCAAAAACUUCUGUGUGCUCAAUAAAGCAAAAAUAGAUGCCUUUUUAACUCCCCUCAUUACCCAUUACGUCAGCAAUUUGCUCUUGAAGUCAGGAUUGCGGAUUCUCGAGUGUUAUCUUACUAGCGUGUGAGAUAAAUGCAAUUGUUCCGUAAGUCAGCAGCGUGAGUACUUUUUAGUGCUACUUUUCUACAGGACUGGAGUGUAACUUGAUCUUCCAGUUCUUUGGCCACUUCUGUGUUCUCCAUACUUCUUUGCAAACUGCACUUACUACUUUA